GUAACUUUACUGCAAUAACAUUUUUCGCUGUUUUUCUAAGUGUGUAUGCACCAUUCAGUCUAUGAUGUGCAAACCAUGCGAACCCUAUGAAGGCCAGAUGUUGCUUAGUCAUGGACCAAAGAGUAGGUAGGAGGGUUUUUAGGAGCACAUGCUAUUGGCUGCCGGAGGAUGAUGAGACUUAUACUGCAGAAAAGCGGUCUGUUGAUUCAGUGUAGAUGAGUGAAACCUCGAGCCAAGAUGGCAACUCAAACCAAGCCUAUUCUUCACGGAUACUUCAGAAGUUCCUGCUCAUGGAGGGUUCGCAUUGCUUUUGCUCUGAAAGGUAUUGAAUAUGACCAGGCUCCAGUAAAUCUGAUCAAAGAUGGAGGUCAGCAGCUUACCGAACAGUACAAGACAUUAAACCCUAUGCAACAAGUGCCUGCAGUUGAAAUUGAUGGCAUCAUCCUUUCUCAGUCACUGGCAGUGAUCCAGUACAUCGAUGAGACCAGGCCGGGCCCUCGGCUUCUCCCAGCAGACCCCAAGAAACGUGCCCAGGUUCGGAUGAUAAGUGAUGUCAUUGCCUCUGGGAUACAGCCUCUGCAGAAUCUAUACGUGAUUCAGAAAAUAGGAGCAGAAAAGGUGCAAUGGGCUCAGCACUUCAUUGAUCGCGGCUUUCAAGCUCUUGAGCCCAUUCUGAAGCAAACAGCAGGGGAAUAUUGUGUAGGUGAUGAGAUAUCCAUGGCAGACAUAUGUCUGGUCCCACAAGUCUACAAUGCAGAGAGGUUCAAAGUGGAUGUCGGGCAGUAUCCAACUAUCAAAAGGUUAAAUCAGACCUUACUUGAGAUUGAAGCUUUCAAAGUGAGCAACCCAUCUUGUCAGCCAGACACACCUGCUGAUCUGUGUGCAUAGAAUAACCACUCAGCAGUUUUAGAGACAACCAUGCAACUUUGUACAUUGUUAAAUAAAAUGCUUUGAAAAUAA